AUGUUCACAGGCAACAUCGAUGUGAUUUUUUUGUUGCCACGGCCGGGAGUUCUCCGUCGAACUACUGAUUUCUGGUCAAUUUCAUUGAAGACUGGAGAAGCGGGUACAUCAAGGUCGCUUGUUUGGAAUCAAGCCGAGGAAGACCUACUCUGUUCAGAACCAAAUCGAAGUGAACGCAGCUCUCGUGAAGGUGAGUGUUUCAUGGCAAAUGCUUACUGUACGGAGAGUGGGAUCAACUUAACCACUCACUGCUUCAUAGAUCGAAAUUCGCUUUUGAAUGGGACUGUUAUCCCAUCUACACAGAAUUCUUCUACUGAUGGCGUCAGAUUCCGAAGAUUCUUCACUUCCUACUCUCCUUCCCAGAAAUCCAAGCGAGCUGCUACAGCUCGUAAAGAUCGCAUUUGGCCCGAUGGUGUGAUACCAUACAUUGUAGCUGCAAAUUUCUCAGGUGAGCAUAAGAACUUGUUCCAGAGGGCAAUGCGGCAUUGGGAGAAUUACACCUGUGUGUCUUUCAUACCCAAGCUGCCACAACACAAGCACUACAUAAUGUUUACCAUCGAUAAAUGUGGGUGCUGUUCUUAUGUUGGGCGUCGUGGUGAUGGCCCGCAAGCGAUCUCCAUAGGCAAAAAUUGUGACAAAUUUGGCAUUGUUGUGCAUGAACUUGGACAUGUGGUUGGAUUUUGGCACGAGCAUACACGUCCUGAUAGAGAUCUGUAUGUGGACAUUUUCUAUAAGAGUAUACAGCCAGGACAGGAUUAUAACUUCGAAAAAUCAAAACCCGAAGAGGUUGAUUCGUUGGGAGAACCCUACGAUUUCAACUCGAUCAUGCACUACGCCCGCGAUACAUUUUCACGUGGAACUUUUCAUGAUACGAUCUUACCAAAGCCGAGCUUAGGUUUUCGCUCAGAGAUUGGGCAAAGAGUACAGUUGAGUGAAGGUGAUAUCCGGCAGGCUAAAAAACUCUAUAACUGUGCAGCUUGUGGAGGCACUUUGCUCCAUGAUUCUGCUGACCUUAUACCGUCCAGCGCUGGCAAAUGUGUUUGGCAUAUCAUUGCUGCUGAAGGACAGACUAUAUUCCUGAAUUUGACAGGCGCCUUUCUGAGUUAUCCCCUGAGUGAAUGUAAUAUGGAGUUUGAGGACACGAUAGUUAUUCGAGAUGGCUAUUCUGCAAAGGCCCCAGUUUUAGACAAAAUAUGCGGCGAUGAAAAUGGCUACCGCACUGUUGUAUCAUCUGGCAGUCGACUUUAUGUAGAGCUGAACUCGAAUACGCUUCCACUUGGCUCAAUAGGCAAAUAUCAUUCAGUGUGUGGAGGCCCAAUCUAUGCCGAUAAUGGUGUUAUUCAGAGUCCGAGAUAUCCAGAAUCGUAUCCUCCGAAUGCUGAUUGCCUGUGGACUAUCCAUGUUUCUGAGGGUUAUCAAGUUGCAGCGGAGAUCAUCUACUUCCAUCUAGAACAGCACAAGGAUUGCAUAUACGACCGCGUUGUCUUCUGGGAAGGAAAUGAAAUUGGAUCACCAUUGGCGACUCUCUGCGGAACUAUAACCAAGAGACAAAUAGUUACAAAAGCAAGCAAUGAGAUGGUUAUUAGGUUGUACUCGGAUAAUUCUGUUCAAAAGACCGGAUUUGAAAUAGCUUUUGUUCGUGAGCUAGACGAAUGUGCUAUGGGAACACACCAGUGCGAACAGCGGUGUGUAAACACUGUUGGUAGCUUCAAGUGCGAUUGUCACGUAGGCUACAGCUUGCGACCAGAUGGUAGAACUUGUGAAAGUACAUGUGGUGGCUUCAUUCGUGCCUCCUCCGGUUCAUUUGCCUCUCCCAACUUUCCUCUGCAGUAUCCGUCCUCGAAAAAUUGUGUGUGGGAGAUUGAGGCAGAUGAUGGAUAUCAAAUCUUUCUCAAUUUCACAACUUUCAACGUGGAGGGAAUGAAGACAGAAUGCGCUUACGACUAUGUAAAGAUUGGAGAGAGUGAGAAACUUUGUGGCGACUAUACUGAGCCGUUGUUGUUCACAUCCGCAUCGAAUCGAGUCAGAGUUGAAUUCGUUUCUGAUUCAUCAGUGGAGAGAACAGGUUUCUACGCCCACUUCAUUGCUGAUCUGAAUGAAUGUCAAGCAGACAACGCCGGAUGUGAACACAUCUGCCAAAAUAGAUUGGGAUCCUAUGUAUGCCUUUGUCAACCUGGUUAUAUCUUAGCUGCAGAUGAACAUAACUGCAAAGAGGGAGGAUGCUUUUUUGAGCUCAACGCGCCAAGUGGUGAAAUUACAACACCGAAUUUUCCUAGUGACUACCCCAAAGGUCAGAAUUGCACAUGGCACUUUGUAACAACACCCGGUCAUCGUCUUAUGAUCACAUUUUCGUCAUUUCAAAUAGAGGAACAUUCGCAGUGCAAAUAUGACUCCGCAGCCAUUUAUGAUGGUGGCGACACCAAUGCGCCUCUGGUCGGUAUUUUUUGCGGUGUCACCGCCCCACCAAUGUUCAUGUCGUCAACGAACCAGCUCUUUCUUACUUUCUCUUCUGAUGCGUCCGUAUCUAGGCAGGGCUUUGAAGCGCAUUACUCAUCAGUGUGCGGUGGACGUUUGACGGCUGAAUCAUCACCGGGUCAUAUUUACUCUCAUGCUACCUUUAGCGAUAGUAAAUAUGGAAAAAGCCAGGAUUGCUGGUGGAGGAUAAGUGCUCGCUCACGUCAUCGUGGUGUGCGCAUACAGUUCAACUCUUUUACUUUGGAAGCUGAAGAAAGGUGCCAGUAUGAUUACAUGGAGAUUUAUGACGGUUCUGAACCUGUACAACAUCGUCUCUUUGGGAGAUACUGUGGUGAUCAGAUUCCCGAAACUGUGACUAGUACAGGCUCGGAAAUCUUAUUGAUCUUGCACACUGAUGACUCAGAGGAGGAGAAAGGGUUUGUUGCGGAGUAUCGGGAAGCGCCACGAAGUCAUAAAAGGCCCGUACCUCGACCCCCAAGGCGCAACCUGGACAAGGAACCCUUGAGUUUUUGAUUUGACGUUUUUGUUGCGUUUCUAUGUUUAAGGGAAUUAGGACAUUAUAUUUUUUUUAUUGCCUUAUCAUUCGCUUCAAAUGAUGCUGUUUUUCUUCACUGCCGCAAGAAUCAAUGCGGGCAUGUAGAAAAGUGCCCAUUUUCUUGCUGAAAUUAUACAUGUACUCCUAUUGUCACACAUAUCAUUGUCAAUGUAUUUUGUACUGUCGCUGCCAACAUUCAUAAA